UCUUCCUCUCUCUUGUGUGUCCCUAGAAUGCAGUCCCAACAGUACCAGCAGCACCGCCGAAAAUUGGCAGCUGCCUUGCUGGCCUUCAUUUUCCUCUUGGCCGUGGUGGACAAUGCGGAAGCCGGGAAGAAAGAAAAGCCAGAGAAAAAAGUGAAGAAGUCUGACUGUGGGGAGUGGCAGUGGAGUGUGUGUGUCCCCACCAGUGGGGACUGCGGGCUCGGCACCCGGGAGGGCACCCGGACCGGAGCCGAGUGCAAGCAAACCAUGAAGACCCAGCGAUGUAAGAUCCCUUGCAACUGGAAGAAGCAGUUCGGAGCGGAGUGCAAGUACCAGUUCCAAGCCUGGGGAGAAUGUGACCUGAACACCGCCCUCAAGACCAGAACGGGCAGCCUGAAGCGAGCCCUGCACAACGCCGACUGCCAGAAGACCGUCACCGUCUCCAAGCCCUGCGGCAAGCUGACCAAGCCCAAAGCUCAAGGUAGGUCCCUGCAGCCGCCACACAGCCUGCACGUCCAGGGUUCACGGACUCGGGCAGGGUCUUCUGAGAUGGCGACUCAGACCUCCCAGCAGGCCAUCCUGGGAGAAUUCCCCAAAGAAAGGGAUUGA